AUGGCGGUUUCUGUUUAUCUUGUUUUCUUUGCUGUUUUCCUGGCGAUAAUCUUUAUCGUUCAUCGGAGUUCCCGGUGCCGGCGGCUCCGGCUGCCGCCGGGGAGUUUGGGUCUGCCCUUUGUUGGGGAGACUCUACAGUUGAUAUCUGCAUACAAGACUGAGAACCCUGAACCGUUUAUAGAUGAUCGGGUGAACCGGUUCGGUUCGUUGUUUACAACCCAUAUUUUUGGUGAACCGACUGUUUUUUCUGUUGACCCGGAAACGAACCGGUUCAUUUUGCAAAAUGAAGGGAAAUUGUUUGAGUGUAGCUACCCGGGGUCGAUAAGCAACUUGUUGGGAAAACAUUCUUUGUUGUUGAUGAAGGGUAAUCUUCACAAAAAAAUGCAUUCUUUAACCAUGAGUUUCGCUAACUCGUCAAUCAUUAGAGACCAUCUUUUGGUCGACAUAGACCGGUUGAUCCGUCUCAAUUUAGAUUCUUGGUCUGAUCGGGUUCUUCUCAUGGAAGAAGCCAAGAAGAUUACAUUUGAGUUGACAAUGAAGCAACUCAUGAGCUUUGAUCCUUGUGAAUGGACCGAGAAUCUAAGAAAAGAGUACGUGCUUGUUAUUGAAGGCUUUUUCAGUGUGCCUCUACCCAUCUUUUCCCCCACAUACCGCAGAGCUAUCAAAGCUAGGACUAAGGUGGCAGAGGCUUUGAGCUUGGUGGUGAAGCAAAGGAGGAUAGAGAGCGAGUCAGGAGAGAAAAAGAAGGACAUGCUAGGAGCACUUUUAGCUUCAGAUGAUCACGGUGGCUUCUCAGACGAGGAAAUAGUGGAUUUCUUGGUGGCUCUGCUAGUUGCAGGCUAUGAAACUACAUCUACUAGUAUGACUCUUGCUGUCAAGUUCCUCACUGAGACACCUCUCGCUUUGGCCCAGAUAAAAGAGGAGCAUGAACAGAUCAGAGCAAAGAAGGGUGAGGGGGAAGCUCUUGAGUGGAGUGAUUACAAGUCAAUGACCUUCACUCUAUGUGUUGUUAAUGAGACUUUGAGAAUCGCAAACAUAAUAGGUGGGAUAUUUAGACGAACGAUGACAGAUAUCAAUGUAAAAGGUUAUACAAUUCCUAAAGGAUGGAAGGUUUUUGCAUCUUUUAGAGGUGUACAUUUAGACCAUGAAUACUUUAAAGAUGCUCGAACUUUCAAUCCUUGGAGAUGGCAGAACGACUCGGGGGCCACAUGCCCAGCAAAUGUAUUCACUCCAUUUGGAGGAGGACAACGGCUAUGCCCAGGAUAUGAACUUGCUAGAGUAGAACUCUCUGUUUUCCUUCACCACCUAGUCACCCGUUUCAGUAUACAAGCUAAUUGGAAACUAAUUUUUGCAUGUAAACUUGUAUUCCCAACAGUUGGAAUCCGGCUGAAGAAGAUAAGCUGGUUUUCUUUCCAACUACGCGGACACAGAAGCGAUAUCCCAUCAAUGUGCAGCGUCGAAAUCGUGUCCAAGCCAUGUAAAGUAUUAGAGCAAAAGAGAAAGUAUUGUAGAAGAACUGUAAUCCUUUAA